CAGUGUCAGUUAUAAUUUACCAUAGACAAUCUCAAAACAAACGUGCAGGCGAAAAAGUGCUAAAAACUAUAAAAAGACUCGAAGGGGCAUUUAUUUUCCGGAAAAACACUUUUAUAAAUGAAAAAUGGCGGUACGGCCACAGCACACGCAUAACGGCGGUAUUGUGGAGCGAAGAUUGCGUCCGAUAUACGACUGGUUAGAUAAUGGGAACAAUAAGAAGGCCUUGCAGGAGGCUGAGAAGGUUUUGAAGAAGAGCCCUACGCUGCAAGCGGCGCGAGCUUUGAAGGCCCUGGCGAUGUUUAGGUUAGGCAAAGGACCAGAGGCCCACGCUGUGUUGCAGGCCCUAGCGGAUGAGAAACCUAGUGACGAUACCACCCUGCAAGCCAUGACUAUACUGUACAGAGAGUCCCAACAGUUUAAUAAAGUAUGUGAGCUGUACGAAGCAGCAGUGAAAGCCGAGCCGACCAGCGAAGAGCUCCACUCCCACUUGUUCAUGUCGUACGUGCGCGUGGGUGACUACCGUGCGCAGCAGCGCUCCGCCAUGGCGCUGUACAAGAUUGCACCCAAAAACCCCUACUACUUCUGGGUGGUUAUGAGUGUUGUUUUACAGGCGAAAACUGCAGAAGAUGAUACAAAGAAAGGGAUCCUUUUAUCCUUAGCUCAAAGAAUGGUUGACAACUUUAUAAGUGACAAUAAAAUGGAGGCGGAACAGGAAGCACGUUUAUACAUCAUGAUAUUAGAGCUACAGGAGAAAUGGGAGGACAUCCUCAACUUUAUAGAGAGCCCGUUGUAUUCCCAGUGUGUGCCAGGAUCCACCGCCCAAGCAUGCAUACCAUACCUAAAGAAACUCGGCCAGUGGUCACGUUUGAACCUGUUGUGCAAAGAUUUGCUAUGGGACAACCAAGAUAGAUGGGACUAUUACCUGCCUUACUUCGAUUCAGUCUUCCAGUUAAUGAAAAACGAGUGUGAAGGGGACAGUCAUGCUGAUGACACGGCAGAGAAGUGCCAUGAGUUUAUUUGCCAGUUAGUCGAAAGCAUGUCGUCUGGGAGGACGUUACGUGGGCCUUAUUUAGCUAGAUUAGAAUUAUGGAAGAGGUUGUCCGUGGAUGGAGAUCCUACUUCGUUGCUCGGCAGUGGAGUGGCGUUAUGUAUACAGUAUUUAAGGGUUUUUGCGAACAAAUCGUGCGCCGUACCUGAUCUCAAACCGUACCUAGCAAUGAUACCGCAGAAGGAAAGAGAAGAUUCAUGCAGAGAUUUCUUGACGUGUCUGGGUUUUGAUGAAAACAGUGAACCUGAGACUCUAGACGACAUCCAGCGUCACAUCUCGUGCCUGUGCGCGCGGCGGCUGACGGCGGCGCCGGGCGCGCCGGCGGAGCAGCUGGCCACCGCGGGCGCGCUGCGCCGCCAGUACCUGCGCUGCGUCGCGCGCCGCCUGCUCACCGCCACGCAGACGGAGUACUGCGCCGCCGACGGGUACGGCACGCUCGCCGCGCACUACUACUGCAGCGCAGCGGUGCAGCAGCGCAGCGCGGCGCCCGUGCUGCAGGCGCUGGCGCUGCUGGAGCUGGUGCUGCACCACUCGCCCGCCAACGUGCACGUCAAGCUGCUGAUGAUCUCGCUCUACCACAUGCUCGGCAAUGCAAUAGCGGCCGAGUCCAUAUACGUGCGGCUGGAGCCGAAGCACAUCCAGCUGGUGUCGCUGGGCUGGGUGCACGCGGCGCGCUGCGCCCCCGCGCUGGCGCCCGCGCGCGCGCUGCGCCUGCUGGCCGACGCGCACGCCUUCCACAAACACUACGCCAAGGAGAGCGUGGAGCACCUGACGUACGCGUACAAGUACGGCACGUUCGAGAAGCUGCUGGAGCUCGGCGCGUGGGGCGCGCGGCUCGGCGCCUGCGCCUGGUGCGCGCUGGCGGGCCGCGAGCGGGCCCUGCUGCCGCUGCUGGCCGGCCCGCCCGCGCCGCUGCACGCGCCGGCGCGCCUGCCGCACCCGCCCGUUGACAACCGCGACCUCAACGCCAUCAUCAGCUGGGAGCCGGCGCAGUGCGCGGACCCGGACCUCAAAGAGCGUACCUUCGACCAGGACGUCGCCUACCUUAGACUCAAAGACGGCCUCGUGUCUUCUAUAGCGCUGUGCAUAGAGUGCUCGGACAACCGCAGCGUGGCGGAGAAGCGCGCGCAGCUCGACGAGCUGCGGGCGUGCGUGGACGCGUUCGCGUGCGCGAUGGACAAGUGCCGCGACAAGUACGGCGCGGCGCGGCGCGAGCUGUGCAUCUCCGCGCCCUUCCCUUCUAGGAUUAUCGCCUUCGUCAGUUCUCCAGUGCCAUACCGGGACUUGUACUCGAGUGUGCUGACCAUGGUGUGCGAGCUGUGCGGCGGGGAGGGCGUCAGAGGGAGGGAGAGUGCGGAGAGACUGAGAGCUCUCCUCGUCUCCUCCAGACAACAGCUCGAGGCACCUGCCACCUCGCCGUGGGCACUGAGGGAGUCUUUAGAAGCGUUCUCCAAUUAUUUAGAGUUUAUAGGCGUCAUAACGUUCCUGCUCGGCGUUUGCAACGAGCUGUCGACGCCGACCAAUACAAAGAAGUCCAAAAAGAAGGCCAGCCAGUCGCCCGACCAAAUACUCACGACGGAAAUGUUGAGCAAACUCAACGACGAAGUCCAAGACACCAUAAGCUUUCUAGAAGACAUUUUCGAAAAAUGGCCGACGUACGACUACGGUUUCAACAUAGAAGACGAACUAGCAAAACUCGACAUCACCGACAAAUACCACUGCCCCGUAGAACAGAAACUAAAGAAUGGACUCCAAGAAGUACUAGCCGAUGUUAAAAAUAUAUUGAAGAAAAAAUCGAAAUAUUUAAAAACUUUACAAUAAAGUGGCCUUUACAAAGAAAAUAAUAAAUUAAAUGAAAGUUUUUUUCUACAUAUCUUUGUAAAUAGUCCGCCAUUUUGGGAGUGUUGUCACCCGUCUACCUGUGUAGGCCCUAGAGCAGGGGUUGCAAACCCAUAAUAUUGAACUCUUUUUCUUUGUUUCUUCUAACAUAAGAAACUUUAAGGUGUUCAAUGUCCUUUCCGAGUAUUGUUUUACAACUUAUUCGUGAACAUGCGUUUUUUCAUUUCAAUAUUGGUGUAGUGGAAAUGUAUAUGUGCCAAAUUCUAUCCAAAUCUGUUCAGCCCUUUUUGCGCGAGUACCAUAUAAAUUUUACAUUUAUAAUAGUUAAAUUCAUUUUUGCGAAUAUUUAUUUUAUGCCAAACUUCCGAGUCCACUCUGAACACGAGGCUUAUGAAAACAUCCCAGAGGGGUUAUAAUAGCAGUCCGUGCAUGUUAGUUUGGCGCAUACUAUAUCUAUGUAGAUUAUAUAACAAGUUCAUUGCUCACGUGGCAUUUAGAAAAUUGAAUUUCUAAAAUAAUAUUUGAUGAUUUUAUUUGUCAUUAAAUAUGUUACCAAAAAAAGUUUCACCAUCCCUGCUCUACAAAGACUACAAGUACAUACGCUUUAUAUUGUUAGGUUACGUUUGUUUAUCAUCGAAUAAAUGAGAUCAUUAUUUGCGAUUUGGUUUGAAUGAACUUUAUUUAUGUACAUUUAUAAAUAGUUUGAUAAAGUAUAGGUACUUAUACAAUGGAAAUAAAUGCGAUACGUUUUUAAUUC